AUGGGGAUUAUGAAGACGGGUUUCCCCAGGUUCCCGCGGGAAAGGUGGCCGACGUUCUCUGCUGCCCCAGAGCUGGCAGGGCUGCGUCUCCCCCAGACCGAGGAGCAAGAGCAACGCUGCGGAGCGCACGUGGUGAGCGGGCGAGGCGUGGAGCCUUGCUCCUCGCUUCUCGUUCCAGAAGAACGUGGAAACCCCUAUUUGCUGGAAUCUGUCCGAAUCACAGAAGUUUUACUGAUGUCUCCGGGACCGCAGCUUGCGCCAGCGGAGGAUGGAAAACCUCGUCGCGUUUUGCGAGUGCACGGCAGGGAAGCCGGCAGCGCGCUCGCGGGGCGGCGAGGCACCGGUCCGGGACAGACUGCUAGGGACACGCAAACUCGAGUGGAAGAGCUGGUGAUUAGGACAGAGGGUUUUUGUCUUCUCUGUUGUGUGUCUACACUGGCGGCCCAAAUGGGACUUUUCUUAGUAGAAAGUUUUUCCCAAGUUGAGGAGUCCUGGCACUAUCGCAUCCACUGCCUCGUGAUAGAGGGCACCGUGGAGCAGCUCUGCUUUGCAGAAAGAUUGGAUACUGGCUGUGAACAUGUUUUGCCCAUUGACUAUUACUUUCCACCUCAGAAGACUUGCCUGAUCUGUGGUGAUGAAGCAUCUGGGUGCCACUAUGGAGCACUCACUUGUGGCAGCUGCAAAGUCUUCUUCAAACGGGCAGCUGAAGGUAAACAGAAGUAUCUUUGUGCCAGCCGGAACGACUGCACCAUUGACAAAUUCAGAAGGAAAAACUGCCCUUUCUGUCGCCUACGAAAAUGCUACGAAGCAGGACAAUCCCUUGGAGCCCGCAAGCUUAAGAAACUGGGCAACCUGAAGAUACAGGAUGAUCCUGAGGCAGGCAGCUCAUCCAGCCCCGUAGAGGAGCAAGCCCCCAAGAUGGUGAUGACGCGCAUCGAUGGGUACGAGUGCCAGCCUAUCUUCCUCAACGUCCUGGAAGCCAUCGAGCCCGGCGUGGUGUGCGCUGGCCAUGACAACAGCCAGCCUGACUCCUUCUCCAAUCUGCUGACCAGUCUGAACGAGCUCGGGGAGAGGCAGCUGGUCUACGUGGUAAAAUGGGCAAAGGCCUUGCCAGGAUUUCGUAACCUGCAUGUGGAUGACCAGAUGUCAAUAAUCCAGUACUCUUGGAUGGGUCUCAUGGUUUUUGCCAUGGGUUGGAGAUCUUUCACCAAUGUCAAUUCCAGGAUGCUUUACUUUGCUCCAGAUUUGGUCUUCAAUGAAUACCGGAUGCACAAAUCCAGAAUGUACAGCCAGUGUGUCAGGAUGCGGCACCUCUCUCAGGAGUUUGGGUGGCUUCAGAUCACACCCCAGGAGUUUCUCUGUAUGAAGGCUCUACUCUUCUUCAGUAUUAUUCCAGUGGAUGGCCUGAAGAACCAGAAGCUCUUUGAUGAGCUUCGAAUGAAUUACAUUAAGGAACUUGACCGUAUCAUCGCUUGCAAGAGGAAGAAUCCUACCUCCUGCUCUCGGCGAUUUUACCAGCUCACCAAGGUCCUGGACUCCGUGCAUCCGAUUGCCAAGGAUCUGCAUCAGUUUACAUUUGACCUUUUGAUUAAGGCACAUAUGGUCAGCGUGGACUACCCUGAAAUGAUGGCUGAGAUCAUCUCUGUGCAGGUUCCCAAGAUCCUGUCUGGAAAAGUCAAACCUAUCUACUUCCACGCGCAGUGAUGUGCCGGAGGGGACCUCCCAGUUCUGUCACCCCCAUUUCAGCCAUCUCCUGCCUGUUAUUUCUGCACUACUGUACUGCAGUGCCUUGGGGAAUCCCCUCUAAAGAGACUAUAUGCCGAGAAGAUAGACAGUAACAAGCUACUACCUGCUGGGAUUCCUUUGACUUCUAUUUUUCCUGUGGUACCUCUGAACUGAACUACCUGCCAUGGCUUCUGCCUAGAUGUGGCUGGCUUGGUAUGUUGUGACACGUGAUGAUGUGACACAGUGUCAGUGGCACCAUGUUUACACACUCUAGUUUGUGUGUUUUCCACAGUGACUUUCAGUGGCCCAGGGCCACGGGGAAUGAGGAAUUGGGAGAAAUGCCACCAGCUGUCAUUGUUUUUUUGUGGGUUUUUUUUUGUUUUUUUUCUAUAAAACAAAACAAGGCAAGAAGCAGGUUGAACCUAUAAGUUUGGGAGUGGGUAACUUUUCUGGCCUCCUUCAGGACUUUUUAUUUGCAUUAUGGUGCUGGGAAGCAGAUGCGUCUUGAUACUGCAGUAGAGAAAUAGAGACGAG